UUUAUUCCAAACCUUACAACUUCGUCCCACCAACUAACUUAUGAGUUCUAAUCUAAACCUUGCAACGUCCAUUGUUCUAAAAAGCAAAGUUUGACAUUGUUUGUCUUAUUUUGUUUCCAAAUAUGAUCUGCACGGAGUCAAAUCACCAGCGUAUUUCCUUCUCCAGUGAUCUUGGCCAAUCCGAUAACGCACCACCACCACAUGUACUAGAACCACCAGCCCUUAUCCGAAGAGACGAAUCUCUUCUUGAUUCAUCAAACUCUUCUUUCGAGUUCCACAUCUCAAACAACUUUGAUCCUGGAGACUCCUCUCCAGCCGAUGAGAUCUUUGCUGACGGCAUGAUCCUCCCUUUCCAUGUCACACCAGCUUCCACCGCGCCAAAACGUCUCUACAAGUACGAACUCCCUCCCAUCACCUCCUCUCUUUCCCCAUCUCCUCUCCCUCCACAACCGUUACCGCCAAAACACAACGAGAAGGAGACCAACGGGCGAGCUAGCGGUGCAAACUCUGACUCAGAAGCAGAGAAGUCGUCAAAGUCGUUUUGGAGUUUCAAGAGAAGCUCCAGCCUCAACUGCGAUAUCAAGAAGAGUCUGAUCUGUUCGUUUCCUCGUCUCACGAGAAGCAACUCUACAGGUUCGGUUACUAAUUCAAAGAGAGCAAUGCUGAGAGAUGUUAACAACCACCAUAGGGUCUCUCCUACUUCUUCUUCUUCUUCUUCCUCUAUCUGUUGCAACUAUCACUUCAGGCCACAAAGGCAUGCAGGCAAGAAAGAUGAAGCUGGAGGAAGCUUUUCGGUUAUCCCAGUCCUCAAUGGUCCGUCUACGUUUGGGUUAGGAUCGUUUCUACGUCACUCAAAAGAUAAGACCAAGAAGAAGAAGAAGAACAAGAAGUAGAUGGUUUACAUGAACAGAGUUUCGAUGUAUUAAUUGUUUUUCCUCUCGUUUGAUUGAUUGUUAUCUAUAAAUUGUUGGGUGUUUUCUUGGGUUACUACCAAACGUUGUUGCUGCAGUAUUUUUAACUGGACACAACGGCAGUGUGACAUGUUGGUAAUCAGACUAAAGUGG